AUGACGUCUUCAUACAGAGCAGAUCUUGUUAAUAAAUAUUCUAAAUAUAUCAAAACAAUUCAUAAUCGAGUUGUUGAAGUUGAAUUUUAUUGGUUUCAAACAAAUCCAUGUCAAAGUUAUCGUUUAAGAAUCAAUGAAAAACAAUUUCUUGAAGCACAAAAACAUAUUCGUUCGAAAAAAUUAAUAAAUAUGAAAUUUGAACCAUUUGUUGAUUUAAUUGCACCUGUAUUUGCUAAUGAUGCAGCUGAAAUUAGUAUAUCUGUAUUACGUUUAACAUUCGAUCGUUUAUUUGAUCAAAAUUCAAAUGGUACAGUUGAACAACAAGAAUUUGAAGCACUUUUAAUAUUACUUCAAGGAUUUAAUACGCAUAAACAAAGUUUAUUUAAUGAAAAUCUUCGUCAAAUAUUUCCCAGUCGAACUAAUCAUGUAUCAUUUAAAGAAUUCCAUGAUUUCGUUAAAUGUGGUUAUCUACGUGAAUUAUUUAUGAGUUAA